AUGAAAGGGCGUACGACACUAUGGAACCCUGGCUGCGAUCAUGCAGGUAUUGCUACCCAGGUGGUUGUUGAAAAAAAACUCUGGAAGGAGGAGAAGAAGACGCGUCAUGAUAUUGGAAGAGAAAAAUUUAUAGAAAAAGUUUGGAAAUGGAAGGAGGAAAAAGGGAACAGAAUUUACUUGCAAUUGAAGAAGUUGGGCGGAUCGUUUGAUUGGGACAGAGUUUGUUUCACCAUGGAUCCAAAAUUGUGUCGCGCUGUUACGGAAGCGUUUAUAAGACUGCACGACGAGGGUGUAAUUUACAGAAGCAAUAGAUUAGUCAAUUGGUCCUGCACGCUAAAGAGCGCUAUUUCCGAUAUAGAAGUCGAUAAACUUGAAUUAACGGGUCGGACGUUACUUUCAAUUCCUGGAUACCAAGAGAAGAUAGAAUUUGGAGUUCUGGUGUUGUUCAUUUACGAGGUAGCAAACUCGAAAGAGAAAAUAAUUGUGGCUACCACCCGUAUUGAGACAAUGCUCGGAGAUACAGCUGUCGCGGUUCAUCCGAAAGAUACUAGAUACUCUCAUUUAAUUGGGAAAUAUGUACAGCAUCCGUUUUGCAACAAAAAAUUACCAAUUGUAGCUGAUGAAUUUGUUGAUAUGGAAUUUGGUACAGGUGCUGUAAAAAUUACACCAGCUCACGAUCCCAAUGAUUAUGAAGUAGGAAAAAGACAUAAUUUGCCGUUUAUCACUAUUUUCGACGAUAAUGGGAAUAUUAUUGGGGAUUAUGGACAAUUCACAGGAAUGAAACGAUUUCAUGCUAGAGCAGCGAUAAUAAAAGAAUUAACUGCGAGAAAUUUAUUGGUUGAAAUCAGAGACAAUCCUAUGGUAGUGCCAAUAUGCAGUAGAUCUAAAGAUGUUGUUGAACCGUAUGUAAAGUGUAGUGAGAUGGCUGCAAAGGCAAUGGACGCCGUAAAAUCUGGCGAACUGAAAAUUAUUCCUGAUCAAUAUAAGAAAAUUUGGUACCAUUGGAUGGAGAAUAUCAGAGAUUGGUGUAUAUCUCGUCAAUUAUGGUGGGGUCAUCGUAUUCCUGCUUAUUGCGUUAAAGUAAUUAAUGCGGUCAGAAAUGUCAAGUUAGACGAUGAUUAUUGGGUGAGCGCACAUUCAGAAAAAGAGGCUAAAAGGAAAGCUGCAAAGCAGUUGGGCACGAAUGUAGGUAAUAUUACUGUUGAGCAAGAUCCUGACGUACUGGAUACGUGGUUCUCUUCUGGUCUGUUUCCAUUCUCGAUAUUCGGGUGGCCAGAUAAGACAAAAGAACUUGAAGCAUUUUAUCCUGGUACAUUAUUAGAGACUGGGCAUGAUAUUUUAUUUUUCUGGAUAGCAAGGAUGGUCUUUUUAGGACAAAAGUUAUUAGGAAAAUUACCUUUCAAAGAGGUAUAUUUGCACGCGAUGGUACGAGAUGCUCAUGGAAGGAAAAUGAGCAAAUCACUGGGAAAUGUUAUAGAUCCUAUGGAUGUAAUUAAUGGAAUAUCGUUAGAGAAUCUUCAUAAACAACUAAUGGAUUCAAAUUUGGAUCCAAAAGAGCUUAAAUAUGCCAUAGAGGGGCAAAAACGUGACUAUCCGCAAGGAAUUCCUGAAUGUGGAACUGAUGCUUUAAGGUUUGCACUUUGCGCUUACACGAUGCAAGGUCGUGAUAUUAAUCUUGAUAUUCUUCGUGUACAAGGAUAUCGAUUUUUCUGUAAUAAAAUAUGGAAUGCGACGAAAUUCUCUCUCAUGUAUCUAGAUUCUAAUUUCGAUUACGAUGAACGUGUUCAAUCGGCAGUUAACAACGGCCAUAGCGAAAAUACGAUAGGUGAUAAUGAUUGGUAUCAAAAUACCCUAAACGAGGAUUGCGUGCAAGAUGCAUUGAAUAAUUAUUUAGCAGACUAUCCUUAUUUAGAUGGAUACAGCCCUUCGCAAAUUGACACCAAGGUUUAUCAAAAUUUUACCGUAUUAGGUACUAAUUUAACAAACUAUCCUCAUUUACAUCGUUGGUACAAGCAUAUGGCGUCUUACACUGAACAAGAACAGUCUAUAUUUCGGGCAGAGGAAGGCAAAAUAUUAUCGCAGUGUGGUUGUAAAAUACACGAUCACAAUGAUAGUAAGAAACAGUUGUAUUCUAAAACGAAUAUAGACUCUUGGAUGCUUUCCCGUGUAAGUUAUGCGGUAAAAGUCUGUGAUGAAGCAAUGGCACAGUACGAUUUUCCGACUGUCACCACUGCUUGCUAUAAUCUUUGGCUAUACGAUUUAUGUGAUAUUUAUUUGGAGUAUUUGAAACCAGUAUUUCAAAGUAACGAUAGCAAUAGAAAAUACGCAGCUAAAGAAACCUUAUUUAAGACACUAGACGUAGGAUUAAGAUUGUUAAGCCCUUUCAUGCCGUUUAUAACAGAAGAACUUUAUCAACGCUUACCUCGCAAGAAACAGUUUUAUCCCAGUAUUUGCAUCAGUCCAUAUCCAGAAGUAUCGGAGUGUAAUUGGAGGAACGAAGAAAUCGAGAAGGACAUUGAUUUUGCGAACAAAGUGAUAAAAAAUAUUCGAUCAGCGCGUGCAACGUAUAACUUACCGAACAAAAUAAAGACAGAAGCAUUUCUCGUAUGCAGUAGCAAUAGCUUGAAAGAAAAACUUCUGGAAUAUCGAUUGUUGAUAGAAACCCUCGCUUAUUCUACAAUCAGUAUAGAGACACCACCAACGGGAUGUGCCAUCGUUACUGUUACAGACAAAGUUCAAGUACAUCUAUUGUUGAAGGGCUUGAUUGAUCCAAAGAAGGAGUUGGAAAAACUUGGCAAAAAGGAGGAGCAAUUAAUAGACAUUAUCCAUAAAACUAAGCAGGCUAUGGAAGUUCCUGAGUAUAAUGUUAAAGUACCGUUGGAUAUACAAAAUAGUAACAAAGAGAAGCUAAGAAAUAAUGAAGGAGAAUUGCAACGAGUUAUUGAUGCAUUGUCAGUGCUACGUGCAAUGUAAUACUUGAAUUCUUUAGGCUCCGGAUUACCCUCUUAUUUAUUAAAUUAUAUUUUAUUAAACGUUUGUUGCCUUUAUUCAUCGACGCAUACUUUUGUAAGAUCAACUCGCGUCUUUUUAAAUUAGCACUUCGUGAAAUAGAACGAGCGAUGUAGGGAGCGUAAAUAAUCAUAGUGUUGUGAGAAAAGUUACUUUUCGUAUUAAUUUAUUAUAAAGCAUUGCCAAUAAAUGCAACAACUAUUAA